UUCCGUCGUGGCAGUAACCCUAACUUUUUUGCCCCAAUACAGAACUUUGAGCUCAGAACCCAUGGCUUGCGUUUUCCGAAACCACCCUACCUACUUCCCUCAUCAGCUCAGGAGCCAUUGUAGAAGACCUUGCUUGACAUUACGCACCUUACAGUAACUGUGAAGAGGCUUAGCUCAAGAAUCCUGAUUUGUAUCAAAUAAGCCAUGCCCAGAAGCUCUCGUCUCGUAUUCUCAUGGAGCGAGCUUUCUCUGAUUGAAAAUGGCUGCGUAGUCUACUCUCCAGUUUCAGUUGCCGAAAAGCUUGCGUGUCCUUUUCUUGGAGGAGUUGCAGUCGAGAAGACUUACCCAGGAGGCUCACUGCAACUUCUCUGCUACUCUUGAUUCAAGCAAAAGUGCACUUCUUGCUAGAAUGGGCUCCUUUACUUGACCACAGUCUAGGGAGUUUAGGGUUUUAGAAAUGGCGGAUUUGCAACACAGAAGCCAUGGCCAGAAGCCUCAUAGUAAGCCCCCUGCAACCCUGGCUCCCAGAAAACCCCAUACCCAAAAUGGAAAUGGCACUGGGAAUAACACAUUAGUGUAUGAUGAUGUGUUUGGUGGUCCUCCCAAAUAUACGGUCUCAUCUUUCGCACCAAAAAUUGAAGGCUAUGAUGAAAUAUUUCGGAAUUUUUCGAAUCCUAUGACAUCGGAUGUGCCUUUCCUUGAAGUUCCAGUGCAUCACAAUGAUGAUGAUGAUGAAGUUUUUGGAGGUCUUGGUAAUUCCGGGCCGUUAGAUUUUCUCUAUGAGGAUGUUUUUGGGGAAAAUGAGGAUAGGGAUUUUGCAGUGCCAUAUGAAGAGUUGUUCUUUCCAGAGGCCAAGAAGACCAAGAAAUCAAGGGUUGUUCCCGAAUCAAAGUCCUGGCAACAGGUGCAACCGGUUCAGUCCCCUGCUUCCUCUGAAAGAACUGACAACCCUUUUUAUAGCUUGGAAUUGGAUGGAUCAUCUAAACAAUCGAUUGGUGCUGUGAGGGAAUCCAACCUGUUAUAUCAAAUGACAAACCAAAUGGGCAGAGAAAAUGUAAUCUGUGGGACCACUCACCUGCAUCAACUAAAUGAUGCUCCCAGAUACACAGUUGGUGGAAAGGCGUUGUCCCCUCUUCACAAGACAAAGAUUGACAAAUCUCCUCCUCGAACUGUUCAUAGUCUGAAUGGCAAUUUGGUCCUUGAUGGGGAGACAAUGGAAGUUGAUCAAUCCGGUCGGGUAAUGUCAAACAAGUCCCUUGGUAAUGGUCUUUCUAGUUCUGGUAAAAAUGUUCUCAAGGAAGAUCCGAAACAGUUUCAGGGUAAGCUGGAUACUUCAGAAGAGGUUCCCUCUUCUGUGAAUAACCAGUUGGAUUUGUGUGAUUUUGAUCGUGAUGUUGCAUGCAUUGGUGAUAGACCAUUUCCUCAUAAGUCUUUUAUCACUGUUGCUGAAAUCAACCUCCAAACAAAGCCUACCAAAGUACCACCACCGUCGAGACCACCACCGAAAUUAGGUAUUAGGAUGGGUGACCUGAAGGCUUAUGCAGAGAAAGAAAACUUAUUUUUGUCAAUGCUGAGUAGUAGGCCUCAUCAGUUUGAAAGUGUUUCUGGAGCUUCUCUAAAUGAUGAGGCUGUGAAGCACAGAGCUCCUCCUUCUCUGGAUUAUGAGGAAAGUGCUACCUUAGAUGCUGCAGCCUCAGCAGCUGCUAUGAAAGAAGCUAUGGAGAGAGCUGAAGUGAAACUGAAGCUUGCCAAGGAAUCAAGGGAACGAAAACGAGAUAUUCUAGAGAGCCAUACAAAACCAGUUUUAAAAGAAGAAAUAAAAUAUGUGCAAGUAAAUGAGAUGAGAACUUGUGUUGAGCCCCAGGACAAAGAAACGAUAACUCAGGUCUCUUGUGAAAGAGCAGAGAAGGAAAUGGAAAGUUGUGACAAAGAGGAAAACCAUAAGUCUGCUAGUGCAUCUCCUGCUGAUCCUGUAUGCCAAGAAAAGGGAAGUGGGGUAAAAUCAACUGAAGAGUUUACUGAAAAAGAAGGAAGUCAGGUAAAAUCAACUGAAGAGUUUACUGAAAAAGAAGAAACAAACAAUGUAGGAGUAGUUCACGUGACUAAAAAAGGGGAAAAGCAAGAGAAGGAAGUGAAUUCAGGGAAAAGGGCUGUUGUCAUGAAGGAAGAUGGUAGGAAAUCAAAUGAUAUGCAUAAACCCAAAGAAGAUGUAGACAAUAAGAAGAAAAUAAAAUUUACUCAAGUUGCUGAUGAACUGGAGGAAAAUAAGAAGAUUUCAAAAGCAACUAAAAAUGCCCGUGAUUAUGAGCAAGAAGAAAAUGGGAAGAAGUCACCAGCAUCUGAAGAUGUGUGUGGGCUAGCUGAAUAUGAGAAAAAAUCAGUAGGUGCUCUAGAUGCACUUGAGCAUGACGAAAAGGAGAAAAAAUUAAAACCAUCUCAGGAAACCUGUGAUCGUGAACAAAAUGAGGAGACAUUGAAAGCAUAUGAAGAUGGUGGGCGGGAAGAAAACAAGAAAACAUUUGAGGCACUACAGGAUAAAGAAAAGGUAAUAAAAACAACAUACGAGGCCUUUGAAUAUCAAGAAGCAGUGAGAAGAAAGAAAAAUACUCAAGAAGCCCUACAAAAAGAAGACAGGAAAAAGGAGGAGCUCGAGAACGGAAGGAGACUAAGGGACAUUGAAGAGGAGAAAGAGAGACUGAGGAAACUAGAAGAAGAAACGGAGAGAGAACGAGAAAGAGAGAAAGACAGAGUAGCAGUUGAAAAAGAAAACCAAAAAGCACGUGAAAGGGCGGAAAGAGCUGCUGUAGAGAGAGUGACUGCUGAAGCUAGAGAGAGAGCAUUCAUAGAGGCUCGUGAAAGAGCUGAAAAGGUGGCUGCUGAAGCUCGUGAAAAAGCGUUGGCAGAUAAAGCUUCUUCAGAGGCUAGACAGAGGGCUGCUAUGGAUAGAGCCACUGCUGAGGCUCGUGAAAGGGCUUUGGAGAGAGCAUUGGUUGAAAAGGCGGCUGCAGAGGCAAGAGCACGUGCAGAGCGAGCUGCUGCUGAGAGGUUUGCUGCUUCCUCAAGGGAAAGGCAGUUGAGAGAGAACUCUAAUCAAUCAGAACCGCAAGACACAGCAUUUGAUUCUCAAUCUGGUGAAGGGCUUGGGAGAUUUCCCGCCUCAGAUACUGCAGAUUCUGAUCUUGUAUUUAAAGUUGAGGCUGGGGGUGAAUCUGCUGAAAGGCGGAAAGCGAGGUUAGAGAGGCAUCAACGCACUAAGGAACGAGCGGCAAAGGCGCUUGCGGAGAAAAAUGCACGGGAUAUUUUAGUGCAAAGAGAGCAAGCAGAGAGACAAAGAUUGGCAGAAUCCCUGGACGCAGAUGUCAAAAGAUGGUCAAGUGGGAAAGAAGGGAACUUACGAGCACUACUUUCAACAUUGCAAUACAUCCUUUGGCCUGAUAGUGGCUGGCAGCCGAUUCCAUUGACAGAAGUCAUCACUGCUGCUGCUGUUAAAAAGGCUUACAGAAAGGCUACUCUUUGUGUCCAUCCUGACAAGAUGCAGCAGAAGGGUGCAACUCUUCCUCAGAAGUAUAUCUCUGAGAAGGUUUUUGAUCUGCUUAAGGAUGCUUGGAACAAAUUCAAUUCAGAGGAGCAUUAAAGCAGAACAUCAAAAGAAUUCAAUCGUGAAAGGUCUUUUGCCUUCAGCAGCAGAAAAUGUAUUCUUUUGUCUAAAGUUGGAAAGCAUCAUCAUUUCAUUUGAAUCCAACCACAACCAGCAUCACUCAUGUAAUUUCAAAGACAGUAUACCGAAAGUAUGUGAUCUUAUGUCAA